AUGGAUCCCUCUUUCCUCGGAGUCUGGCAAGUGGACCAGUCGAAGACUAUAGGUCUGGAAGACUUCGCCAAAGUUAUGGGAUUUUCUCCGGAGAAAACAGAGAAAUACAAGAACCUGGAUUACACGGUGACCAUUAGCCAAGACGGGGAGAUCUAUAAGAUCGCCAUCGACUUCAAAGGCGCAGUGCCCAGCGCUUCCUACAGCCUCAGGCUUGGGGAGGAGAUCGACUACAACACUAUUGAUGGUCAGAAAGCUAAGCUGACGCUGACCGUGGAGAAUGGCAAAACCGUUGAGUCCUACUACUACGCAGAGAAGGACCUCAGAUGGACAGUGACUAGAGCAGUUAAGGGCAGUGUUAUGACCGCUGUCACCAGACUAGGAGACGCGACCCUGACUCAAAUCCUCAACAAGGUUUAA